AUGUUGACCGGGUACUCGGGCCCCCUUGCGUCAAUAUUGACUUCUCUAGGAGAUGGCAACUGGCGAUCCAGGUCAAACACUACCGGUACGGCACCUCUAGAUGUUGGGCCAGACAGCGGUACCCUUUUCUCUCAUUUUAUUUUGGACAUGAUUGAGGCCUUGAUGACCUCACUGGAAGCUCGCGGUCGGGCAAUCCAUCGUUCCAAGGCGGCCCAGGGUGUAUUCCUGUCAAAUGUAUUUUGCAUUGUGGACCGGUUCAUUCGACAGAGUCCAGAGCUGGCUCGUUACCUGGGUGCCCCUGACAGCAUUGCGCGGAUUGAUACUUUCCGCAAGCGUGCCACCUCGACCUACCUUGAUGCAUGGAAAGAGACUUCUCAAUAUCUCCUAGACGUGCAAUAUACUUCUCGCUCUGGGGCACGACCCAGUUCAUCGGGCGCAGUGGAUUCCAGCGUCAUUGUCAAAAACUUGUCGUCCCGUGAUCGGGACGCGAUCAAGGAGAAAUUCAAAUCAUUUAAUGCCAGCUUCGACGACAUGGUUAACAAGCAAAAAACAUUACAUAUGGAGCGGGAAGUACGCUCAGUGCUGGGCAGAGAGCUGCAGACUGUUCUCGAACCGCUAUAUGCGCGAUUCUAUGAUCGCUAUGUUGAGAUCGACAAGGGUCGUGGCAAGUACAUCAAGUAUGAUAAGCCUAGCCUGUCGGUACAACUAGCGCAGCUUUCCUGA